CUCCGACGAGUAAAGUAUCUCUCACGCAGCCGCAACAGAGUUCCGAACAGCUGCAUCAUCAUCAGCAGCAGCAACCUGUUGCUGCACCUGCGUGGGAACUGUACUAUCAACAGGAUGAAGAUGGCGACACGCAACUUCAUAUUGCAAUUAUACAAGGCUUUAUUGAAGUUGUGUACGCUCUCAUCCAAAUGGCACCUCACCCAUGCUUCCUAGAUAUUGUAAACUACGAAUGUCAGUCGGCACUGCACCUGGCAGUGCUUACGAGACAGCCAAGGAUAGUCCGGAGGCUUGUGGUCGCGGGUGCGACGGUGGAUAUUCGUGAUCGUUCGGGAAACACUGCUCUGCAUUUAGCGUGCCUCAAUGGCGACAUUGACUGUGUUCGCGCUCUUACUGAGCCUGUGACUGUGGCGGAAGAAACGAUGGCAGGCCUCAGGUAUCGCACGUACCAGCACCAUGUUCCGCAGGACCUAGAGGAGAGAAACUACGACGGUCAGAUGUGUAUACACAUGGCAGCACUGAGUGGCAAUGUGGAAGUCAUAAAGCAUCUGGUUGUCUGGUGUGGUGCAGACAUCAAUGCCAAAGACGGGAAGAGUGGUCGCACAGCACUACACCUGUGCAUCGAGCUGGGCCUGGCGCAUGUGGCGCGUUUCCUGGUGGAGGAACUGGCAACCGGUCUGCAGCUGGAGGCAGCUACGUAUGCCGGCUACACCGCUUACCAACUGGCAGCUGCCGUAGACUCGGCGCUCGCGAGGCAGCUGAGAGAGCACGGCGCGCAGCCCAGGCCGCUACCGGAUGACGAACAGAGUGACGAAGAAGAUAGUGAAGACAGUGACGCUGAGCAGAUGUACCAGGUUGGGCGCGACAUUGGUUUUAGCAGUCUAAGAAUGAACGGGCAGCCCGUCGACAUCACUGCCUAGAGAGGCACGAAAAGACUGCGGGCUACAUGUGGCUUAGUGAGCCACCAGCUCGGUUGUGACUGAGGAGGUACGCAACUGGGGAAGAUGACUCCUGUGCCAUACUCAAAUUGUCUUGUGGUGGAUGGACUGGUUCAGUGUUUUGGCAGCCAUUCUCUGGUAAUCACUAUUUGAGAAUAACUAUGUACUUUGGGAUCAGAGGACUACAGAGAUUGUAUAAAUUAUUGGUGCAAUAAAGUGGAAA